AUCUGUCGAUCCUUGGACCUUCAUCUGUAAAAAAGGAACUAAUCAAUGUGUACAAUACGCCCAAUGCUCUUUUGUUUGAAACAUCGUUGUGGUUUCCUGACGUGCGCACUUGGUCUUCUUUUUCAUCAGAAUUAGGGUAGGUGAAGGAGGAAAAGGAGGUGUUGGAAGUGGAGCACCAGCAUGGAUGAUAUCUACUUAUGGCUGUUGUCAUUCUUCUUACUUAUUGCACUUCUCAUCCUUAUCGUUUACCAGCUUAUGUGCUUAGCAGAUCUAGAGUUUGAUUAUAUCAACCCUUAUGACUCCUCAUCUCGGAUAAACCAAGUGAUUUUACCGGAAUUUGUCACGCAAGGGGUUUUAUUUGUCUUCUUUCUCAUAACAGGUCAUUGGGUUAUGGCACUGUUGUGUGCUCCAUACCUCUACUAUAAUGUGAGACUUUACACACGAAGACAGCACCUGGUAGAUGUAACUGAGAUAUUCAACUUGCUCCAUUGGGAAAAGAAACAACGGCUUUUCAAACUUGCCUAUCUUAUUGUUCUCCUCUUUCUCAGCAUAUUCUGGAUGAUCUGGUGUGCAUUGGAAGAUCACGAUGAUUGAUUGAGGAAAAUUGUUUUCCAUAAGUUGCUGUCUUGUAUGAUUAAAAUAUGCUGUCUCAUUUAAGCAUUGGGGUUGUUGUAACCAAUAUGUUAGCCUGGUGUUCAACUUUGGAAUCUUUUGUUGAUUCAUUUUAGAUUAGGCUUUAAACACCGUCUUGACCUUAAAAGAUUACAGCAACUUUGAGGUGUUCUAGCAGGUAGGUUUUUUCUUCUUUUUAGCCAUUAAACUAUUAUGUGGUAUUUAACACCUUGCCGAUAAUUGUUACUGUAAUCUUUGAUUUAUUCGUGCUUGGAAAGGCUCAGUUUGAGUCCAAAUUUGUUAAGUGAUGGAACUAGUGUGGCUUAGUAAAAUGUAAACCAUCUAUUAAUAAUUCUCUUAAAUGAGGAUGGUGGUUGUAUUGCAAUAAGAUGUGCAGAAAAUUUCCUCCCCAUUUGGUUCUCAUUAGAACCGGAAAGAUAUUUUUGUUACCAAAUACGCCA